AUGGCAGAGCCCCUCCUACCCAAGAGCUACGGCACCAUGCCACGGUAUCCCGAUCACGACAACUCCAUGUUCCCGUCCUCGUUGCGAGGGAAGCGCAUCCUGCUCUGUACAGAAUCCUUUGGCCCCGUCAACGGCGUCAGCCGCACAACGUUGAUGCUUGUCGAGCACCUGCGAUCCCACGGCGCACUUGUCGCCGUCGUGGCGCCUCACAAUCACACCCAGCACAACACUUUUUCACCCUCCACAAAAAAUGACGGCGAGGUCGAAGUGCGCCUUCAGGGAUACCCGUUACCCUUCAACCCCGAACUCUCAGUCGUCUAUCCCGUGCGGGUAUCGGCUCUCUUCGCGAGGACCUUUGGUUCAGACAGCCCACCCGACCUGAUCUAUCUCGCUUCGCCGGCAUCGCUGGGCUUCCAGGUCAUGCUGCAGCUCCAACAACAGCCAAGGGAGAAACGGGUGCCGGUGAUCUGCAACUUUCAGACCGACCUGGCGGGGUACUGCGCCAUCCUCUUCCCUCAUCCGUUCAGCACGAUGGCCGUCUUUGCCUUUGCCAUGGUUCAGAGCUUUCUGUUCCAGCACGAGUCGGUCAAGACCAUCUUCUACCCCUCACGCUUCGUGCGCAAGUAUCUCGAGGCCCAAGGGGUCCAGAGCUCCAAGUUGGAGGUACUGCGACGAGGCGUCAAGACGGAGCUGUUCCGACCGGAAAUGCGCAGCGAGGCGUUGAGGAAGCAAAUCGCCCCGGGUGGAGAAAUCAUUCUGAUUUGCGUCUCCAGGGUGGCAGGUGAGAAGGGGUUUGACUUCAUGGCCAAGGCUGUCAAGGAACUCGAUGCGAGAGGUCUUCGUUUCAAGCUCUAUGUCGUCGGCGGAAACCGCAAUACAGAAGUGGAAAGAGAGGUUCACGAGAUGUUUGAUCCUUUGAGAGAACAAGGCAAAGUCAUCUUUGCCGGGUUCAAGACCGGAGACGACCUGGCGACAGCGUAUGCAUCGGGCGACAUCUUUCUCCACUGCUCCGUCACCGAGACCUUUGGUCUGGUUGUCCUGGAAUCGAUGGCUAGCGGCGUUCCGGUGGUCGCCCGGGAUGAGGGCGGACCCAGCGAUAUCAUCGACGACGGCCGCUCCGGAUAUCUUGUACCGCCGAACGACCUCGACACAUUUGUUGACAAGGUCAUGUAUCUCUCCAAAGACAGAGACUGUCGAAAGGAAAUGGCCGCGCAGGCUCGAGCGAUGGCGUGCGAGGCUACCUGGGAGAAGAUCAACAACCAGGUCGCCUGGAGGAUGAUUGACACCAUUGAAGAGCGGGAGCGAGAAAAGGCCCAGGUUGUCCAUCAGCGGUCGUCCAUCGCCGUGCAAGCCAGCCAGCUUGUGCCAAUAUACAGCUGGCUUCUGAUGAACAAUGCCAUGCGCGACGUGGUGGUGGGUAGGAUAGUGGAUGCCAAGCUCGUUGGCGGGUUCGGCGUUGUCAUGACUUUCUGGUUCUUUACGGGGAUGUAUCUGGCGUUUACCGAGGCCGCUCUAUGGGCCAAAGGCAAGUUGCCACGGUAUUGGGGCCAAAGAGCGGUCGAGUAA